AGACUUUCACUUACAGCUAAUAGAAGACCGAUAGUGAAUUGUGCUAGGAAUAUUUGUUCCAAAACAUUUACAUAAAUGAUAUAUUAGAAGUGCAAGUUGUAAUAAAAUGCAAGUUUUUCCUAAGUUGGGAUGCUCUUAGUUGCACAAUCCAUUCUGAAUCCAGCUUACUGGGUUGGUGGGAAGGCAAACUUUAUUGCUAGGUAGCAGGCAGAAAGAAACUGCAGCUGAAAGGCCAAGGUCCCUCAGGAGAGAUCGGGUAUCCAACAGUCUUAGCGUCAGGUCCAGCCCAUAAGGCUGCCACCUACAUCCUUCCCCGCCCUUAUCUUCAUUGCAGCUUUGUUAGAUUGCACUGAUCGAUUAGCAUCUUUUCAAGACCGCACAGUGAGAGAAAGAGAAAGAAGGAGUUUAACUGGCUCCUCUGUGCUCCCUUUGGAUUUUAUGGCCUCUGUUCUACCUAAUUGGAUAAAAUAGGAAGUCGCUGGCAGUCCUGUGUUGCUGGGUGUGCUGAUUUAACUCAGAUCAGCCCUGCAGAGGGGUGGGGGUGCGGGGAGAGAAAGGAGGGAGCAGAGGGAAUCUGUACAUCAGAAGAACAGAGGGAAGGAAGCCGCUGGAGGGAAAGUAUCUUGAGAAGGAACGGGGAAAGGAGGUGGUACAAACUAAGGACAGAGUUGCUGUCCUCUUCUUUUGGAGCUGAUCUUUAUAAUUAUAUUGCUUGCGGUGAUGCUCAGGGAGCAGGCACCUGCUGCUCUGUAAUGAUUCAGCCUCUUUCUGCCGUCUCUUUUGCACAACAGGAUGCUGGUACUACUGUCAUUGCUGCUCUUGCUGCCUCUGCCGCCGCUCCCAUUCUUACUGCUUUUCCUUUUGCUUCUACUGCAUGACGGCUGUGUUUUCCUCCAUCUAAGCAGUCACCAGCCUCAGAUGCUCAAGGUGAGAUACCAGCCGUUCACUUUGGGCUGUUGGUUCACUUAA